AUGAGCGCGCCGCGAGACGCGAGCCCCGCUCGCGUGCGCAAGCUCGAAAAACACAGGGACACGCUCAUCGCCACCGCGAUCGAGCGAGCGAAGAGCGGCGCGCUCCCGUGCCCGCCCUUUGUCGUCGAUGAGUUUUUAGUCACGGACAUUGCCGAAGCGAUGUAUUUCGCUCGCCACUGUACCGGCGUCGAGAGCCAUCACGACGUCCUCUUACCGCUCGCCGAGCGAGCGAGAGAGCUCGCGCGACCGCCCACGAGUAAAUUUCACGUCGGCGCGUGCGCGCUGGGGGCGUCGGGGAGGGCGUACCUCGGGGUGAAUGUUGAGAUCCCGGGCGUGCCGCUCAACCACAGCGUACACGCCGAGCAGUUCGCGCUGGUGAUCGCGAUGGCGUGUGGAGAGCGACGGAUAGAGGCGAUAGCGACGACGGAGGCGCCGUGUGGACACUGUAGACAAUUUAUGAACGAACUUCGCGAUGGGCAGGAUCUCAAAGUCGUGACGAAGGACUGGCGGUUACCUCUGCGCGAGCUGUUGCCGCACGCGUUUGGGCCGAUGGACUUAAUCAGCGACAUGCCGCUCUUGUUGGAAGAUCAGGGUGUGCGGCUGGGAUGUCGUGGUCAGGAGGGGGAGAAUGCUUUGAAGUUUUUGAACGGGCGCGGGCCACUUCGAGAGGACGAGUUGGACCACGGCUGGCGUGAACUCUUGGGGUUCACGGAUGCCGCAUUGAACAAGUCGUACACUCCGUAUACUAAAUCUCCAGCGGGCAUCGCCGUACGCACGAGCUGCGGUGCGGUCACAACGGGAUGGGCGCUCGAGUGUGCGGCGUACAAUCCGUCGAUGAGCCCGCUGCAAGUGGUAAUCACUCGAAUGGUGGCUAUGGGAAAAGACUUGACAACGAUCGAACGCGUGGUGCUACGAGAGUUUUGCGACUCAGCCGUGAGGUACGACGAAACGGUUCGGUUGGCGGUGCACAAGAUGACCGAUGGCCGCGCAGAUUUCUUCGUCGUGCACCACAACCAGCCGUGA